AUGCCUGCUGGACGACCCCAGGUCAACAUGGAGCCCUAUAAGGACCAAGUCAUUGUUCUCCUGACCCAAAAUACGCCUAUUAAUGUCAUACUAGACAUGUUGCACCAAAAUCAUGGUCUCCAAAUCUCUCCCAGAACAUUCAAGCGCCGUACGCAGGCCUGGUGUAUCCAGCGACGAGCACCCACAGGCAUCACCAAUAACAGACCCUUACAAAUACGCGUCAAGACACUCAUCUGUAAGGGUAAUCUGUCUCCGAAAGAGAUACUCGAAGUUCUCACCCGUGAUGGCACUCCUAUCUCUAAUAACUCACUUAAGCAAAUCCAUAGGCGGCUUAGUAUACGCCUUCGCAUUGAUGAUAAGGACGAGCAGCGUCAGCAGAAGGACAAGAUACUAGAGGUACUGGAGGAGGAACAAGGCUUUGGGCUUAUUGAAGAGUACGGACGGGGUCACCUUUAUGCCCACUUACGCCGUUAUAGGCAUAUCUAUGCAAGAGACCGAAUCUUCGAUAUUUAG